AUGGAGCUAGAGACGGAGACGAUCUCCAGGAGGAGGAAGGAGGGCCCGACCUCGGCCCUGGCGACAGAGCUGGGUAGGCCUCCGUGGGAUCUUAAGGGCACGCUGCCUAAAGCCAAGAAAACUCGCUUAUCUACUAUUUUAUUUGCUGAAAAUUAUGAAGUAACCCAUAGACAGCUGUGUGAGUUGCUGAAGUAUGCAGUUCUGGGUAAAUCCACUGUUCCUAACCCCAGCUGGUGCCAGCUUUUACACCAAAACAACGUGUUUGUGGUUUGUAUUCUGAAGGGAAUGAGUCAGUUACACUUCAACAUGUUCUAUUUGGAAUUCAGAUUUCUCCAAAAGACAUUCAGACAUAAAUUCAGCUUGCCUCCUCCAACAUCUAAUUUUCUUUUUGAUAUCAUUGGGCUACAAAAGAAGAAAUCAGCUAGAGGUUUCCUAGGACUACUGGAGGGACCUUUAGUUUCUGCCAUUUUAAAAUCCAGCAUCAACCUGCAGAAUGACCACGUCAUUCAAAAGUAUGGCUGUGAGAAAGUGGGCUUGAAUAGAUGCCUUCUGACACAAGAGGAAAUGAAAACAUUUCACUUUCCACUACAAGAUUCUCCUGACUGUGAAAACUUUAUCCUUACCAAGUGUGAUGGUUCCAUAACAGAUAGUAGUCUCCUCUUUGGACUUGACUCUGAAAUGUGCCUUACAUCCAAGGGGAGAGAACUAACACACAUCUCACUGGUUGCUGAAGGAGGCCAUUGUAUUAUGGAUGAACUGGUUAAACCUGACUUCAAGAUUCUGGACUACCUUACUAGUUUUUCAGAAAUCACAAAGAAGAUUCUUAACCCAGUGACAACCAAAUUCAAAGAUGUACAGAAGCUGUUAAGAGAACUGCUUCCUCCUGAUGCUGUGUUAGUGGGCCAUUCCCUAGACUUGAAUCUCAGAGUAUUGAAAGUGACACAUCCAUAUGUUAUUGAUACCUCAUUGCUUUAUAUCAGGAAGCAGGGCAGAAGGUUUAAGCUAAGAUUCUUAGCCAAAGUUAUUUUGGGGAAGGACAUACAGUGCCCAGACAAGCUUGGUCAUGAUACCAUAGAAGAUGCUAGAACAACUCUUGAAUUAGCUCAGUAUUUUCUUAAGUACGGGCCAAAGAAAAUUGCAGAGCUCAAUCUGGAAGCACUAGCUAGUCAUAAAGAACUGAGAGCAGCCAGGUAAGCAUCAGGAAACCAGGAAGCAGCUACAAAGCACCCAAAUAUGAGUGUUUUAGACUGCCUGGACUCAAUGGGUCAGAAACUCCUUUUCUUGACUCGGGAUAUAGAUGAGUUUUCUUCUUCUAGAAACUGUCAAACUAUUAAGUGCUCUUCAAAUAAAGAGGUACUUGAGCAAGCCAGAGUGGAAGUCCCUUUGUUUCCCUUCAGCAUUGUGCAGUUCUCUUUUGAGCCCUUUUCACCCAUCUUUGCUGAGGAGUUGAAGAAUUGUUCGAAGACCAAGUGGACAGAGAUGUCAGCUGUCUAUGUUGGGCCAUUUUUCAAAAAUUGUAACAUUGGGGCUGUGAAGAAGACAUUUAACAGCUUGGGCCCAGUCCAGUCAAUAACUCUUGUUCUUGAAACUUCUAGGCUUUACUUCUGUAUACAAUAUGAAAUCCUGGAAGCUGCUCAGCUGGCUAUAGAAACCAUGAAUGGCAUUCUGGUAAAAGGUUCCUACAUCAGGGUGCACAGGCAUGUGACAGAAUUCACCCUUGAGUGUGACACCCUUAUGCAUGAGCUAGAGCAAGAUUCUGAGAACCAAGCUACUAUAUAUGUGGCUGGAUUAGGUAAAACUUUUAAAGAACACCUGUUAGAGCAGUCCAGCCUCUUUCCUGGCCUGGAAGCUGUGAUCCUGCCUAAAGAUGUUAAAAGCAGAAAGCAAAAAACUACUGUUUCUUGAUUAAAGUUCAAAACUCGUGACAGUGCCCAGGUAGCCCUUGAAAUUCUCAAAGGCAAGGCCUGGAAGUUGAAAGGCAGAUAUGCCCUAACCCCUAGGCACCUCCAGGCAUGGCUCAAGGACAUACAUCCUGAACCAGCAAUGCCUUCAGGAUUUGGAAUAGUUCCGCCUCUCUUGGAGAAGCAUGUCUUCCAGGAGGCUAAAUGUUGACACUGACUUUGCUCCUACCAUCGAAAGAUAGUAGCCUGGCGCUGUGAGUGGAGGAUUGAAAAGCUCUACCACAGCCUGAGCCCAGGCACCCUCUGCCUCAUCCUGCUGCCAGAAACCAAGAACAUGUUUGGAUCACACCCUGGCUUAGGACUGAUGAAAAUAAAGGAAGAAGAAGAAAGUGACACCCCAGGCCUGGGAGUGUGAGUCUCCCCACACUUUUCCCAUAUAGAGAAUGUGACUAGGCUACAGCCCCUUCAAGAGGAUGGCAAGCUUUUCCAUCUAACAGACAGCUAUGGUAAAAAGUUGGGAUACCAGCUGAAGUAUAUUGUCAUGUGCAAAAUUUCAAUAAAUGCCUAAAACUCAAAACAUUUCUUCCUCUUAAGACAUGAAGAGGAGGGAAAAUGAG